UGUUUCUCCAUCUGCUUCCAUAAAACAUUUCCAAAAAUACUCAGAAGUCUUCUGAUUACAGUUACCAUUCACUGCAUCAGACAUUUAUAGCUUCAGAUUUCUUUUAAAAAGUUCAUGAGUUUUGAGCGAUCAAUGACUUGGGAUUCAGUCAGUUCUGUGCUUUUUGUGGGUCUUUCAAAUCCAAGCUAGUUUGAUUCUGAGGGGACUUGUUUUGGGUUCUUUUGGAGGUUUUUCAUCUGGGUUUGGCAAUUGAAAUGUGGAGUAGCUGGCGAUUUUUCUGGGUCUUAAAGCCGAUUGGGAAAUCGCAGGUGAUUUGAUGGAAUUGGAGGUGUUAAUGCUAGCGGUUUUCGACAUUUCAUGGAGAUUUCAGUCCGCCGUGGUUCAUGGGUGGGAUUCAGAUUUGACAGUAAGCUUCAAUUUGUUGCCGUUUUACUCGAGCUUUUGCUGAUAUUGUCAUGGUUUGAAGCUGCUACUGGAAAAUAUCUGGAGGAACAGCAGCAUCAGAAAGACCCAGAAAGAGGAAGCAGAAACAUUGUCUCACAUUCAUGCAUUCAUGACCAGAUACUUGAGGAGAGGCGGCGACCAGGUCGCAAGGUUUACUCAGUUACACCCCAGGUUUAUGAGAAACCUAGUAUUGCGAAUCCCCUCCAUAACAGAGGAAGGGCAUUGCUCAGUAUCUCUAAUUUGCCAGGGGAGCGAGGCAAUGCAAAGCAACCUAUAAGAAUAUAUUUAAAUUAUGAUGCUGUAGGCCAUUCUCCUGACAGAGACUGUCGAAAUGUUGGUGACAUUGUUAAGCUCGGUGAGCCUCCUAUUAGUUCUCCCUCUGGCACUCCCUCUUGCAAUCCUCAUGGUGAUCCUCCAAUUUAUGGUGACUGUUGGUAUAACUGCACGUUGGAUGACAUAUCUGGGGAGGAUAAACGUCGCCGCCUUCGCAAGGCUCUAGGGCAGACAGCAGAUUGGUUCAAAAGAGCCUUAGCUGUCGAGCCUGUGAAGGGGAACCUGCGGUUGAGUGGAUAUUCUGCAUGUGGACAAGAUGGUGGUGUACAGCUUCCUCGGGAAUAUGUUGAAGAGGGUGUUGUUGAUGCAGACUUGGUUCUGUUGGUUACUACAAGACCUACAACUGGCAAUACUCUGGCGUGGGCAGUAGCAUGUGAGCGUGAUCAGUGGGGCCGUGCAAUUGCUGGACAUGUAAAUGUUGCUCCUCGACAUUUAACAGCUGAAGCAGAGACUUUACUUUCAGCUACUCUUAUCCAUGAGGUUAUGCAUGUGCUUGGGUUCGAUCCUCAUGCUUUUGCCCAUUUUAGGGAUGAGAGAAAAAGGAGGCGUAAUCAGGUCACUGAUCAGGUCAUGGAUGAAAAACUUGGGAGAAUGGUCACACGGGUGGUGCUCCCUCGUGUUGUCAUGCACUCAAGAUAUCAUUAUGGGGCAUUCUCUGAGAAUUUUACUGGUUUAGAGCUUGAAGAUGGGGGAGGUCGUGGAACAUCAGGAUCUCACUGGGAAAAAAGGCUUUUGAUGAAUGAGAUUAUGACAGGGUCAGUGGAUACAAGAUCAGUAGUUUCAAAAAUGACUUUGGCUUUAUUGGAGGAUAGUGGCUGGUAUCAAGCCAACUAUAGGAUGGCAGAGCAUCUUGAUUGGGGUCGCAAUCAAGGAACUGAGUUUGUCACUUCUCCUUGCAAUCUCUGGAAGGGGGCAUACCGUUGCAACACUACCCAGUUCUCUGGUUGUACAUAUAACAGGGAAGCAGAGGGUUACUGUCCGAUUGUAAGUUAUAGUGGGGAUCUUCCUCAGUGGGCUCGUUAUUUUCCACAGGCUAACAAAGGUGGUCAGUCCUCACUAGCUGAUUAUUGCACUUAUUUUGUGGCCUAUUCUGAUGGAUCAUGUACGGACCCAAACAGUGCACGGGCCCCAGACAGAAUGUUAGGUGAAGUGCGAGGGAGUAACUCCAGGUGUAUGGCUUCAUCAUUAGUACGUACUGGUUUUGUGCGAGGUUCUAUGUCCCAAGGAAAUGGCUGCUAUCAGCACAGAUGUAUGAAUAAUUCAUUAGAGGUUGCUGUUGAUGGUAUUUGGAAAGUCUGUCCUCAAGCUGGUGGACCAAUUCAGUUUCCAGGUUUUAAUGGUGAACUGAUUUGUCCUGCUUUCCAUGAACUUUGUGGCACUGGACCUUUUCCUGUAUCUGGACAGUGUCCCAAUUCUUGUAAUUUCAAUGGGGACUGUGUUGAGGGAAAGUGUUGUUGCUUCCUCGGGUUCCAUGGUCAUGAUUGUAGUAAACGAUCUUGUCCCAGUCAUUGCCAUGGUCAUGGCAAGUGCCUGUCAAACGGGAUCUGUGAAUGUGAUAAUGGUUACACUGGCAUUGACUGUUCCACUGCUGUCUGUGAUGAACAAUGUAGCCUUCAUGGUGGGGUCUGUGAUAAUGGAGUUUGUGAAUUCCGCUGCUCUGACUAUGCAGGCUAUAAAUGCCAGAACAGCUCCUCUCUUCUGUCUAGUCUUUCAAUCUGCAAAAAUGUGCUCAAUAGUGAUUUAUCUGGACAGCAUUGUGCACCCAGUGAACCCAGUAUAUUACAACAGCUAGAAGAAGUGGUUGUCAUGCCCAAUUAUCACCGUUUAUUCCCCGGUGGUGCUAGAAAGAUAUUUAAUAAUCUCUUUGGCAGCAGCUACUGCGAUGCAGCUGCCAAGCGACUUGCCUGCUGGAUCUCCAUACAGAAGUGUGACAAGGAUGGGGAUAACAGGCUCCGCGUAUGCUACUCAGCAUGCCAGUCUUAUAAUUUAGCAUGUGGAGCAUCACUUGACUGCUCUGACCAAACCUUGUUUAGCGGUGAGGAAGAAGGAGAGGGUCAGUGCACAGGCUCCGGUGAGAUGAAACUUUCAUGGUUUAAUCGCCUGCGGAGUAGUUUAUUUUCAAGAGAUGAAUCUAUGAAAGCAAUGUCUGUAAAAUAGAAGCAGCUUUAGCCAUUUUUUCUUCUUUUCUUUUCUUUUCUUUUCUUUUCCUCCCCCUUCCUGUUCUAAAUUUGGGUGGGAGUAGUGGUAAUUGUUUUAGGAAGGUUGGCACAUAAUGCAGUGUCCUAAAUUUGUAGGUUUUGUGCUUUACCCAAAAGUCAUGUCGAAAAUUUGGGUGGGAUUUUGAGCUUUCCAAGAUGAAAGCCGGUUGUAGAGAAAAUUCGAAAUGUAUCAGUAAAGAAAAAAAGAAAAAAAUGCGGAGGUUCGGCCGAAGGCCUUGAAAGAAAAUGAAAAGCCUCAA